AUGUAUUUACCUUGGCUUGUCUUCGUAAUCCUAUUGCCCGACUGGAGUGCAGGCGCUGAACCAAAGAUUAUAUUUAAGACAACAAACGUCGAAUGCUCUGGCAACCCGAAGCGCGUUGUGAAUAUCUCCUGCAUCGUCAAAGCAGUCAAUUGGAACAAGGCAGUUGCCCAAAUGGACUGUGAUCUCGUAGUGCCAAUGCGCAACUUUUCGGUCCAGUUUGCGGUGUUUAAGAAGGGCUACAACAAUCAAUACCAUCCCUUCCUGGUAAAUGUCACGUUCAAUGCCUGCGACAUCCUAGCUAAAAGAAGCUUCUUGCCCUACGGGACACUAAUGUUGAAAACAAUCAAAGAUUACUCAAAUGUGAACCACGCCUGCCCAAUCGAGGUAUUGCGACAUUGAUAUUCACUGAUUUGUAA